AUUCACCCGGUACAUAGUAAAGGUUAAAAAUCAAUUACAAGUAUAGUAUGUAAAAGUGGAUUCUAUCUUUAGCUAAGUGAACCUUCUGCUGUAUAUGUUGAACUGUUAGUAACAGCGAGGAAAAAUAAAGUGUAAAUAAAAGACCUAGAGAGCGGGUACGUGGAUAUAGGCGGCUGGGUAACAUAAAUCGCAAGGUCAUGAGUUCGGAACCAAACGGAAGCUCAAAUGCAUCAACAAAUGGAUCCACGGGUGAUGCAGUCAAUAGUGUUACAAAUGGCGACACAAAUAGUGAAACAGAUGGCAGUACAAACGUAAACCCUAAGAAGAAACUUCCCCCGAUGUUUUUUGUACAGGGAACAUAUUAUGAUUGUGGAUAUCAACGAGGAGAGUUUUGUAAGGAUGUUCUAAAAGAAUUCAUCGACGCAUCAGAAGAAUCAAUUCAGAGAUACCAGGCAUUUUAUGAAACAACAGAUGGGAAAGAAUUUGUGGAUGGAUUUAUUUCCAAUUGUACAAAACGAUUCCCACAUUUGAUGGAUGAAUUCAGAGGGAUAUAUGAUGGAGCGAAUAUAGAUAUGAAGAAGGGAUAUCUCAUGUUGCUAUCUCCACAGUUAGAAGAUGUACUGGGGAACCUGGAGAGUGCAGUUCUUGAAGAGUAUGGCUGUGCCACCAAGGGCUGCACAGAUAUCUAUGUAAACAAUGACAAUGAUGUCAUAAUAGGUCACAAUGAAGAUUGGGCUUUGGAUUUUGACUGGCCAUUUAUUAUACAUUCCAAGAUAGAGCCAUACACAAUGCCUGAUGGCCAAGUCAUUCCAGAACAAAGACUUAUGGCACUCUACCCACACCCAGCGUCUUUCAGUUCACCAAGUUGGAUCAAUAGCCAUGGUCUUAGUGGUACCGACGAUGUUAUUCUCUUCCCCAAGAACAAAGUGUACAAAGAGAAAAAGACACCCUACCAAGUGCUUGUACGCUUACAGCAACAAGCCAGGAGCCCUGAAGAGUUGAUAAAAUUGUGUGUAGAUGAGGGUUCGGGUGUUGCUUAUUCAUGGUCUGUGACACUGAACUUUGGAGUGUUUGGGAGCUCAACAAUGUACAACUUAGAAGUAGGUCCAAGUGAUGGACCAAGAUCGAAAGUAAGUGUUAAGAAGAUUGUACCUCAGUGCUCAGAGGGAGAUAUAGCAGGAGCAUAUGCACACUUUAACCACACAAAACAUCUCGCUGACAAAGGGACGAGGUGCAUUAUGGUAAAUACAAGACAAGCGUUCUAUGACUCACAGCCUACCCCCGAGUCGCUUAAAGAUGUUCUUGCCUUACUUGGAAACACAAAAGGAGACAAAUACACAAUUUAUAUGCCACCUGAAAAGAAAGGGCACUGGGCAACAAAUUGGUCAAGUGUCUUGGACUUCAAAAAUAAAUGCAUGUAUGUGUAUGUUGGAAAUCCGACAAACAAAGAGCCAGAUAUCAUUCUUCCUUUUUCUAUGCUUCAAACUAAAAAAUGAACACUUUGACGACAGACACUUAGGCUAACUGCACUUUAAGGUUUUGAUACCGUGGUUUUGGACAAAAUAUGGACAAAUCAAGAUUUAAGAUUGAAUGUGUCUCGAGACAAAUAGAAUGUUUAUUCAUUAAUUGAUUAUAUACAAUAAAGACAAUAUA